GACUGCGAUGCAAGACCAGGAUCUGGACAGUGAGCCCAGGAGUACAGAAGAGUUGCCCGAGUGGAAUUUUGAUGGCUCUAGUACUAUGCAGUCUGAAGGCUCCAACAGUGACAUGUAUCUUGUUCCUGCUGCCAUGUUUUGGGACCCUUUCCACAAGGAACCCAACAAGCUGGUGUUCUAUGAAGUCUUAAAGUGCAACCACAAUCCCGAAGAGGCUGAUUUAAGAUAUACCUGCAAACGGAUAAUAGACAUGGUGAGCACUCAGCAUCCCUGGUUUGGAAUGGAGCAGAAGUAUAGUCUCAUGGGCACAGAUGGGCACCCUUUUGGUUGGCCUUCCAAUGGCUUCCCUGGACCCCAAGGUCCAUGCUACUGCGGCGUGGGGGCAGACAGAAGCUACGGCAGAGAUAUGAUGAAGGUUCACUACAGGGCCUGCUUGCCCACUGGCGUCAAGAUCACAGGGACUGCCCUAACCGUGUGA